AUGGUCAUGACCCUUAUAAAACAAGAUGUGGAAUCUAAUCUGAGUGGCGACACUGCAUUGGUAGCUAAUGUAAUAAUUAGCUGUAUUAUUUAUAUGUCGACUGUUUUUAUCGUAUCGCUCGUUAUUAAACUAUCGUUAAAGACGUAUCAAGAAAGGUUGACAUUCGUAAGCCAUUCAGACGAUGCAAAAUAUUAUCUGACAUCAUUGUCCAUGGAAAUCGUUGAAAUCACCGAACAGUAUUGUUACACAAUAAACAUCGGGAUAAUGCUGAAGUUGUAUAAAUUAUCGGGAAAGAUGGUCGUGGUGAUAUUGUUAAAACUGAUUUGUAAUUAUCUGGUAAAAUUAACGACAAAUUCGUGUUCAUAUUACGUGUUUCGUACAAAUUUAGUAUUCGUAGUCUAUCACACCAGUCCAUUGGCAUUGUCUGUCGUAACUAAAUUGCGCAACUAUAUUAUUCAACUCAAACUUCAUCGUAGACGAGAAAAUACGACGAGUCCUCCGAAUGGUUAUAUUAUUACCAACAAUUGCAAGAAAACGUUGCAACAUAUUAUUAUACAAGACCUGUAUCAAAGUGUAAACGUCUUAAGAAGUUUAGUGGCAUUAAUCGCAUCAAGUUACAUUAGCAACAGGUGCACUUUGGCGCUGUGGUCCGUAAACGUACUGAACACGAAGGAAACGUUCUUCAAGAUCAGGUGCUCCAGGAAUUUGAAACUUACGGACCCAUUGAACGCGGCAAUCGGAGAAGCCAUCAUCACUUUCGCAUACUUAGCCAUGCAAUUGGGUUUGCAGAAGGUAUGCAAGUACUUACGGAUGUCCAAAAAUCUAUUUAUUUCGUCCAUACUGAUGUACAUAAAUAUGACCGCAUUUCGAUACACCGGCGUGCUGAUGAAUCCAACUUACGCGACGUCCUUGGCGUACGGUUGUCCCGGACAAAUAAAUAGAGACCAUUUCGUCGUUUUUUGGAUCGGUCCGAUCUUCGGUGCUCUCGUUUUCAAAGACAUCGUCAAAAUAACACAAAUUAUGAUAUCAAUUUAUGACUUGCAUAAUUUCGGAACGUUAAAAACCUUGUACGCUAUAGUCGAUGAAAACGAACAAAAGAAAAAACUACAAUUUCAUUUACAAAAAGACAAACAAGAACCAAAUAAUGACGAACAUUUUAUAGAAGAAUACGUAUCGUUGGAAAAAAAAAUACAAAAGUUUAAACAAAAAAAAGAAGAAAUUGAAGCGGUUAUCGAGAAGUGUACGGCUAGUGGAGAACAUACAGCGAUACGAAGAGAAAUGGAAAAAAACUAUGUAGAAAAAUGGGAAAAAGCUAGAGUAGAAAAUUUCAAAUUUAAAUUUAGGUCCGAAGAACUAAAAUUACAAAAGUAUAUUGUAGAGUUACAGGCCAAAAUGAAAACAGAUCAACUCAUUGAUAUAGAGAACGAACAAUAUUUAGAUUAUAGUAUAAAAGAAUUAGAAAAACAAAUCGAGUAUUGGGAAUGUAAAUAUAAAACUGACACUAACAAAAUUGACGAAAAACUAGAAAACCUUAUUAUAACACUGGAGGAAAAAACCAAAGAAAUAGAAAGUUUAAAAAAAAUAUUUAUCGAAAGACAAACUAUUAUCGAGGAACAUACUGAAAAUAAGCAAAGAGCAGAAGAAGAGAAAAAACGUAUCGAUCACAUGGAAAAAAUGGCUACGAAAAUUCAAGCGUGGUGGAGAGGUACUAUGGUCAGGCGUCGCUUAGGUCCAUAUAAAAAUUUGUCGGGACCUAGAAAGAAGAGUAUCAAGAAACCGUUAAUACAUAAAGGGAAAAAAACGAAAAACAAAUAAUAUAUCAUUUAAAAGCAAAAAUAAUUAGAGGUAGGCAAUGAUGAAUAAUUAUCUAUACGUCGCAACGUCCACAUUCUACAUACCUAGUCGUAAAUUAUAAUAUAAGAGAUUUCGAAAAUUUAAUAUUACCUUGAAUUUUAAUAAGGCAAGUCUUAGGUAAUACCCAACUUAAUCUUAAAAUAAUAUUAACAUGUUUUAACAAUAAUAAAAAAGGUUUAUAAAACAUUUUGUAAUUAUAUA